GGACCGGGACGGCGCGGCCAGGUGAUGGUGGGCGCCCGUGCUUUUGAAGAAAGGGGACCCCCGGAGCAGCCGUGCCCCCGGGCUGCCCCCGUGAGGCCCUUGGACAUCAGCCCUGGGGAAGUUGGGCAGCUGUGAGUUUGCCCGUCUCCGUUAAGUGCCCUUAGGAUGCAGUGAUUAAGGACCAGGCUCUCCCCCUGGGAGGGGCACUGCCUGAGCUGGGGAACUCGGCGCUGAGAAAAAGGACAGGAUGAUGCUGUCCGAGCAAGCCCAAAAGUGGUUUCCAACCCACGUGCAGGUCACAGUGCUCCAAGCCAAAGGUCUUAAGCCAAAAGGCAAAAGUGGCACCAAUGACACGUACACUAUAAUUCAGCUGGGCAAGGAAAAGUACUCCACUUCUGUAGCUGAGAAAACCCUUGAGCCAGUCUGGAAGGAAGAGGCCUCCUUUGAGCUCCCUGGCUUGCUAAUGCAGGGCAAUCCGGAGAAGUACAUUCUUUUCCUCAUAGUUAUGCACAGGUCCCUGGUGGGCCUGGAUAAGUUUUUAGGGCAGGUGGCAAUCAAUCUCAAUGACAUCUUUGAGGACAAACAAAGAAGGAAAACAGAGUGGUUUAGAUUAGAAUCCAAACAAGGAAAAAGAGCCAAAAACAGGGGUGAGAUAAAGGUCAAUAUUCAAUUCAUGAGGAACAAUAUGACAGCAAGUAUGUUUGACUUAUCAAUGAAGGACAAGACAAGAUCUCCUUUUGCAAAAUUAAAAGAUAAGAUGAAAGGUAGAAAAAACGAUGGGACAUUUUCUGAUACAUCUUCUGCAAUCAUUCCAAGUUCUCACAUGACUGAUGCCAAUUCUGAAUUUUCAAGCGGUGAAAUACAGAUGAAAUCCAAACCAAAAAAGCCUUUCCUUUUGGGUCCUCAGCGACUCUCUUCAGCACAUUCAAUGUCUGAUUUAACUGGGACCCACGUGUCUUCUGAGAAACUGAAGUCUGGCCCUGUUGGUCAGACCCAUCUCCUCGGACGCCACAUAGAGUCCUUUGGAGUGGUUCCAGAAAGUGGAAGUCUCAAGUCUCCUCACAGAAGAACAUUAAGCUUUGAUACUUCUAAAAUGAACCAACCUGACAGCGGCGUAGAUGAAGGCGAAUCGCCUUUCGGAAGACAGAAUGACCCAUUUACAAAUGUGACUGCUUCAUUACCCCAAAAAUUUGCAACACUGCCAAGGAAGAAGAAUCCAUUUGAAGAAAGCAGUGAGUCCUGGGACAACAGCGUGACUUUAUUUUCAAAAUCCAUUGAAGUAAGAAAAGAAAAUAAAAGAGAGAAAAGGGAGAAAGUCAGCCUGUUUGAAAGAGUGACUGGAAAAAAAGAGAGCAGAAGAUCUGAUAAACUCAACAAUGGGGCAGCCAGUAGCCCCUGCGACUUGAAAUCACCUAAUGCAUUUAGUGAAAAUCGUCAGGACUAUUUUGAUUAUGAGUCAACUAAUCCGUUUACAGCGAAAUUCAGGGCCUCGAAUAUAAUGCCAUCUUCAAGUUUUCAUACGAACCCGACAAGCAGUGAAGACCUCAGGAAAAUUCCGGACAGCAACCCUUUCGAUGCCACUGCAGGGUAUCGUAGCCUGACCUAUGAGGAGGUACUCCAGGAGCUCGUGAAACACAAGGAGCUCCUGAGGAGGAAAGACACCCACAUCCGGGAACUCGAAGACUACAUCGACAAUCUCCUCGUAAGGGUGAUGGAGGAAACGCCCAGCAUUCUCAGAGUGCCCUAUGAACCGUCCAGGAAGGCUGGCAAAUUCUCCAACAGUUAAGAAGCCAGUCGUACCAUGCUUAUAAUUGGAGGGGAAAGAAAGGAAGGAAGAAAGAAAGGACAAAAAAAAAAAAAAAAAAAAAGACUGUUACCGAAAGAGACUACACUUCCAGGUUUUAUUACAUGCCCUCCUCCAUUGUGAAAAGUUGUUUUACCCGCAAAUACUAGCAGGGACUGUCAAGAGUGACCUUUGAAGUGAGCUAAGUAAUUUAAACUUUUAAAGUGAAAAUGGCCAGCUUCUCGAUCAGUAAGCAGUUCCUUAGGACUCAUUAGGUGCUGGAGCCAGCCGACCAACCCCCAUGGGCCUAGGAAUGUCUUCAGAGGUACAUGACUUAUUCCUCAGGAAUAGAUUUCUCAUCCACUGGUAUUGUGAGAAUUGAUACUGUGGUUGGGUUCUCAGCAUUCAAUUUAUAGACAGUUUAGCCGCAGGAAUACUGCUCACUAUAAACACUACUUUAAAAAAACAGUUCAUAUUUUAUAUACAUAUAUAUGCACGUGAAUAUAAGUUCACGUACCUUUGUGUAUAAAAUACAUGCAUAUACCUCACGUAUACGUGUGUUUUUGGGACAUUUAAAAACAACUGGUUGCCUCUAAAAUUAGGAUGCCAAUUCUUAAUUUGAAAACGCGUCUGUGCUCUAUUGACGCACAACCAAUCGCCAUCGCUACUACAGUGUUACGGUUUGUUACAGAGAAGUUGCUUCAAAUCACUCUUGACUAUGUGAACCUUGGUUUCAAAAUGAGCUGCUACUAUCCACUCCUCCUGCAUCAGACUUUUGCUCUUUAUCCAAACGUAAUGCUCCAAAGUCCUUUUUUAACUUUAUUAACUCCGCGACAGCAUGGAUUCCUUGAAUUCAUUUUUUAUCCUAACAUUUGAGUUUUGUUUAAGCUAUAAGCAGAAGAUAAGCUAAUGUAAUAUGUUUUGUUGAGAUUCUGAAUGCCUAUAAAUCACUAGCAAAGAAAAUAUUAAGAAGUUAAAGCUGAAGAUAAUUUGAGGGGGGAGUAGGUGAUCAUCUGAUGCCUGAUAAUCCAAAGCAGUGGGCAAACUCUAGGAAUAAAGCAUUAGGCUUGGUUUCAAGUUACGUAAAUAAUAGAACAGAUGGUUGCAUUUGGGUCUUGAACCAAAAUAACAGUUACUAAAGGAGGAGUGAGUUUCUAGAACAGAUCUUUACUAGCAUGACGGUACACAUUAUUCUUCAUUUACCCUUUAAGAAUUGAUUUAUCACAAAAUUAUAUGUUGGCCUUUCUAAAUAAGUCUGACCCCCACCAAAAUGUUAAUUACUUCCAUGAAUUAUCUUUAUAUAUUUGUAUGAAAUUAGUCUGAAAUUUAAAGGGAAAAACAAUGGUUAUAAAAAUAUUACUAAUUAUCUAUUGCUUAUUUUUUAUCUUAACCUAAAAUACUCACUGUGAAACAUUGAAUCUGUCUCUCUGAAUUUAAAAUGAAAAACACACUGGUAUGUUGAGACAUGUAUUUCUCAAUCUUUUAAUGAAGUGCAUUUUUGUCUAAUAUGUAUUUCUACUAAGACUUCAUUGAAAGUUAAGUACAAAGCAGAUAUAAUAGUUUUGCUCAUUGUUUUGAAUCAUAUAACACUUGGCCAAGCUUAUAUUCAAUUUAUAAGCUAAAAUCCCAUGUUAUUUAUAUUUUCUUAGUUUCUUUAGUUUUCCUGUA